AUGGUGACGGUUGCUCCAAUAGUGCGGGCAGAGUCGUCAGCAGAAGAACGGGAGAGAGCUGCGGUGGAGAUACAGCGCCAUUACAGAGGCCAUCGCGAAAGACGGCAUUUGAAGGGCCAUCAACUUACACCAACUCAACGAUGGAAUGAGGCGCUAAAAGAAGCGCAUUACCGUCAAGUCGCGCGUCCAGUUUCCCGCGAUGCUCGGCCUCCCGCGCAACUCCUCCCGGUUGAGGAGAACGGCGGGAGACCAGGGGGAAGUGAGAAACGGAGGGUUUCGCAAUCGAAGGAGAAAUGGGAUAAAGCAGUAUUAUUUGCAAAGCAGGCGCAACAUGACGAUGAGCUAUCCUCGGAUAGCGAUAGUGAUAAUGGAGAUGAGAACAGCCAAGCUCGAGAGGAGAGAAGAGAGGAAAGGAGGCAAAAAAGGCUGCAGAAGCGAAGGGAGCGAAUUGAGUACUCAAAAGCUAUGGAUAUGCAGUAUUUCCUUGAAAUGGUUGACUUAAAGCAUCGUUAUGGCUCCAACCUCCGUGCCUAUCACGCAUACUGGCAGACCCAGCCCACGCACGAAAACUUCUUUUACUGGCUUGAUUACGGUUCCGGAAAAAAUAUUGACCUCUCUGCCUGCCCUCGGGAGCAACUAGACAAAGAGCGAGUCCGUUACCUCUCGCGAGAAGAGCGAGCAGCAUAUCUGGUCAAGUUCGACCAGGAAGGUCGUCUCUGCUGGGCCAAAAAUGGGGAACGUAUCGACACCUCUGAGAAAUACCAGGAUUCGAAACAUGGCAUUGUCCCGUUAGAAGAAAAUGCACCUACUACACCUGGGGGGUGCCAUUAUAAUCACCAUAUUUCUGCACGCCGCCCGGGGUCUAGCAGUUCAUCGUCAUCCUCAUCAUCAUCAUCAUCAUCAUCCUCGUCGAGUGACUCGGGUCAGAGUGAGAGGGCGGACCGAUAUAUUAAUCCAGAGAUGCAGGAACAUAGCGGACCGAAAAAGAUUUUCCAUGUAUCAGCCUCCACAGUUCUGAAUAGAUUGCUCCGUAAAACGACGAAAAAGAACACUUGGAUUUUUGUGGCCGAUAACUCGUUUAGGCUCUAUGUAGGGAUCAAACAAAGCGGUGCUUUCCAGCAUAGCAGCUUUCUGCACGGGGCAAGAGUAAGUGCGGCGGGUUUGAUCAAGAUUAAAGAUGGGAGGUUGAAAAGCCUGAGUCCGUUAUCCGGACAUUAUAGACCGCCAGCUACUAAUUUCCGCAAAUUCGUAAAGUCACUUAAGGAGGCGGGUGUAGACAUGUCCCAUGUCUCAAUCUCGAAAUCAUAUGCGAUACUUGUUGGUCUAGAGGCAUACGGAAACUUCCGCAAAGGCAAGAAGAAAACAAAGCGUGCCGCGCGAGAUGCAGCAAAUAAAGCCCUACCGGAAACUAUGGCCCACCACGACGAGAGAAAGGAACAGGCUAUAGUGGAUGGAAAUACGACUACAGACACAACGAGGAGGCCUGCACCAGAUAAAGACCUACAAAAGAAAAUUGACAAUGAGGAGAAUAAAAGGGACCAAAAUAGUUUUGUAGUGAGAAUGAUGCAGAAGUUUCAGAUUAAACCGACAGUGCCGAAGACCGCUGGCGAAGUAUCGGCGGAAAAGGCUGUGAUGGAGUAA